CUUGCAGCUGGCUUCAACACUUGCUGGCGUAAACAUGGCAGAAACUCCUGUUCCUCCUCUUCGCUCUCGAAGCCUUAGCGGCCAACCUUCCAACGACAUCUUCUCACCUCCUCCUCUGCCCAUUCGACUUCACCAGUCGUCACAAGCAACAGGAGACGGAACGGAUCGCUUGCAGACUCCCAGGACGAGCUCAAGCUUGCCGCGUCGAAGUCGCUUUCCGUACCUAGAAAACGAAUCGCCGCAGCGCAGAUGCAGGUCGCUAACUCCGCCGAGCAGGCCAGUACAACUAGACGGUAAGAAACAGAGCCCUCUGUUGGACGUGGUAUCUAGAAAGCAGAGCCGGUCCGCUGGCACCAUACCUCAGCUGGUAUCUAGUGGCACGCCAUUCGACUUUCCUGAAGAAAAUGCACACGGAGUCGGACUGGGAGAGCCAAGUGAAAUUCAUCCCACCUACUGCCAUGUUUACGAUUCUGUUGCUUUGCUCAUCGACAUUCCUGCUUCCAGCGGUCUCUGCCUUUGUGAAGAUAGAUGUAUGGUUGCUUUCUACGGCGAAACGAGCGGAAGAAGCGACGUAGUGAGUGGGAAAAGACGAAAUCACAAUUAUGGAAUUCGAACUACAAGCCCUGUGUGGUACGAGCAAGAAAGAAUCUUUGUCACUGCUAUGACGCUAGCUGGACACACAUUGGGUUAUGCCUUGUUUGACGUCAUUGAUCCUUACGUCAUAUCCCAGGCAAAACCGUUGCCGUCAAUUUGUACUGCUGUCUACGUGGAGAGCUUUCGAGAUUCACUGUUUGUGAGAGACGUUCUGGAAAUGCUUCAAGCGUCGUCAUCUCCAUCAUCGUCGUCACCAUUGUUCUACUGCCUGAUGAUGUUUGGUGAAGAAUCAAUUGGAAAAGCGACUGAACUCUUCGAUCGAGUUAUUGCAUUUGGUAUGGAAAACGGACUGCCCAACGGAGUGUCAUUGUUCUACAUGUUCUGCAAUCUCACCAAUCUACGGAGUGUCUUAAAUAUUUCGCGAUACAGUAGGGGAUCCGUGCAGCGAUUACUCAAUACCAUACGCAUGCAGUCCAAACACCAAGAAGUCAUUGAACAACUAGAGAAGCUCAUUAGCAAGGUUGAAGGCAGAGCCAUCGUACCUGAUCUGCCACCUCGACAGAAGGUUGAUCGCUCUCAUAUUAGACAAUGUGACGUUCAGUCGCAGAGAGUUGAUGCUGAUUCGGUGUAUGAUGCCGUUUUUGACACAUUUUCAGCAGAGUCUGAAUCCCUAAGUGGAGAAAAAAAUCAAGGAUCUAGGAACAUGCAUCCAAACGUCAGUCAUCCUAUCAUGAGAAGGAGUUUAUCUGCUACUCAUUUACGUCCCAACUCUGAGAAGAAAGCGGACAACAACCCAUUCAUAGUAGCAAGUAGCAGUGAAAUGAGACCCCAAGUUUACAGUAGCGAAAGAUACAAACUGAUGGCAGAAUCGGGAAAACAGCAAACAAGAGCGAAAUCAGUGUCAAACAAUGAUCUCUACACAAUCUCGCACGAAGGAAAACCGAACACAGACGACGAUGAUAGCGAAACGGGUUAUGUUACAAUGUCUCCCAUCUUACCAGAGGCCCGGAUGCACCAACAGGACAGCGCCACAUAUCAAAGGCACAAAGAUUUCUACAGAGCCACUGACAAACUCUCCAGUCCGACAAAUAUUCGACUAAUAAACGAGCCUUAUACGUCACGCCCACAUCAUCAUGGUACGAGCGGAUCCCCACGAAACGAAAAGUUUUACGAUCCCACUCCUGACACCGAUUUCUUCGAAUCCAUUUACGAAACGCCGGACAUUGAUGAGAACGGUUACAUCCGGAUUAAUCCGAAAUCGAGCGAAUGGUAGAAGACAAGAAACAACAGAUGCUUUUCACAAACUUGGUGUAUUCCUGGUCUGUUGCUAUAGUCAGGUGUGCGUAUCUAGCCAUAGUUGUGUAGCUCACUGAUAUUUAAAU